AGUAUCAUGUGCAGGGCAUAAAUUUUGUUUCAAACUUUGAUACGUGAGAAUAACGGGCAUGUCAAACAAUCGGAAAAUUGUCCAGCGAAGUAUCCCCAUUUAGUUUUCUCGAUAUCCGGCGGAUAUAAGUCGUCAGCCAUCUUGCUAGCAAUAUUUCGGCGCUCGGCCAUUUUUGUUGCGUCGACGUCAAGUGUGGCCAGAGGCCUUUCAUCGUAGGCAGUCUUCGAAUUUCCUUUGUAUUGAAGAAUCGACAGACAGAAACUGUAAUUCUAACUACGUGAGUUAGUCGGCAAGUCUCGUUUUGUAGCUGAACAAGAAACGCGAAAGGAGAGAGGAGAGAAGAACGAACAAUUGAAAUUUUCUGCUGAUUGCCCAGGCGAGAAAUAGCUAAAGAGCUUCUGCGGCAGAGCCACGAAAAAUACGCACCGAGGCGGAGUAAUAUGAGUAAUGCAGCCAACCAGAAUGGAUCAGGUCUAGAGCAGCAGUUAGCUGGUCUGGACUUGCAGGGCUCCCGCCAACCAAGUGGGGGUCGCUACGUACCACCGCAUUUACGAAAUAAAUCUGGAAGUAACGCGCCUUCUGGCGGGGAUCACCAUUUUUCUUCCAAUUCGAGACCAUAUUCUGACAGAGAUAGAGGUAGAGACCGUGAUCGUGAAAGGGAAAGAGAGAGGGAUCGUGAUAGGGGAAGAGGUGGUUCAGGUUAUAGAGAUACACGCUCUCGAGAUGUCGACUUCGGGAAUUUUGGAAAUUUUGGUGGACGCAAUAGACGUAGUGCCAAUCAAGAAAAUGGAAGAGAUUAUAGAUUUUCCAAUUCCGAUCGUGACCGAGAUCGCGAUCGCGCGAUUAAUUCCGGAAACGAUCGUUGGCAAGAUCAACCUAGAAACGAUCGUUGGCAAGAUCAGCCUAGAAACGAUCACAGAAUGGGUGGUGGUAGAUGGAAGGACGAUAGAGAAGGAGGUAGAACAAAUUCUGAAAUCGACUGGACAAUCCCCACUUCCAGAGACGAGCGAUUGGAGGUGGAGUUAUUUGGCAAUGGCAAUACUGGUAUUAACUUUAGUAAAUAUGAGGAUAUCCCAGUUGAGGCUACUGGUGAUAACAUACCUCCUCACAUCACAUCUUUUGACGAAGUUAAGCUGACGGAGAUAAUAAAGAAUAGCAUUACUUUGGCUGGUUAUGAUAAACCUACGCCAGUACAGAAAUAUGCGAUACCGAUUAUUAUCGGACGCCGUGAUGUUAUGGCCUGUGCCCAAACAGGGUCUGGUAAAACAGCAGCCUUUUUAGUGCCAAUAUUAAAUCAGAUUUAUGAAAGCGGGCCACGUCCACCACCAGCUAAUAUUUCUGGAAAGCGUAAACAUUUCCCUCUUGGUCUAGUAUUAGCACCUACAAGAGAACUUGCCACACAAAUAUAUGACGAGGCGCGGAAAUUCGCAUAUAGAUCUCGUAUGCGUCCUGCUGUUGUUUAUGGCGGUUCAAACAUUGUAGAUCAAAUGCGAGAAUUAGAUCGUGGUUGUCAUCUUCUUGUAGCAACACCUGGUCGCCUUGUAGAUAUGUUAGGACGAGGUAAAAUUGGACUACAUAAUUGCCGAUAUUUAGUAUUGGAUGAAGCAGAUCGUAUGCUGGAUAUGGGUUUCGAGCCACAAAUAAGACGUAUAGUCCAAGAGGAUACAAUGCCGCCUACUGGGGAAAGACAGACCCUUAUGUUUUCAGCUACGUUUCCGAAAGAAAUUCAAAUGUUAGCAAGAGAUUUCCUGAGUAAUUAUAUCUUCUUAGCUGUAGGCCGUGUUGGUUCUACAUCUGAAAAUAUUACUCAGAAAAUUGUAUGGGUCGAGGAACACGACAAACGUUCUUAUUUGCUUGAUCUUCUUCAAGCUAGUAACUUUUCAGAUCCUUCUGCUGAAUCAUUGACUUUAGUGUUUGUGGAAACAAAAAAAGGUGCCGAUAUGUUGGAAGAGUAUUUACAUCAAAUGGGAUAUCCAGUGACUAGCAUUCAUGGUGAUCGAACACAACGUGAACGCGAAGAAGCUUUGCGCCGUUUCCGAGCUGGCAAAGCGCCAAUACUUGUUGCCACUGCUGUUGCUGCUCGUGGGCUUGAUAUUCCACAUGUGAAGCACGUAAUAAACUUCGAUUUACCGGGAGACGUUGAAGAAUACGUUCAUCGGAUUGGUCGUACCGGCCGUAUGGGAAAUUUGGGUUUAGCAACGUCAUUCUUCAAUAGCAAGAAUAUUAACUUGGUGCGCGACUUGGUAUCUCUUCUAGUUGAAGCUAAUCAAGAACUUCCACCUUGGUUAGACGAUAUGUUCAGCGAAGCAAGAUACUCUGGAGGUGGAUCUCGUCGAACUGGAAGUACUAAAGGUCGAUUUAGCGGCGGAUUUGGUGCUAGAGAUUAUCGUCAAACACCUAGCUCCGGAUCUGCCCGUAAUAAUGGUUCCUCCAACAGGCCUGGCAAUUAUGGAGGAAAUUAUGGAAAUUACGGAGGUAACUAUAACAGUUCAUCGUAUAAUAAUUCUGCUAACAAUGUCGGCAGUAAUGAUCCCGAUUGGUGGGAUAAAUAAAAAUCAUUAUCAUCAUCUCUAUUUUCACUUUUACCAUUAUUACUACUGUACACGUAAAUUCAAAUAUAUGUAAGAAAGACACGUACGACAUACACAUCGGGUACAACACGCACGUAUUUGCGCGCGUAUACGUAUACACAAGAAAAGACAGUAUCACGUAUAAACAAAUCACAUUCGCUGACUGCCUGUGCACUAUAAUUUUUAAACAAAAAAGGAAAAAAAAUAAUUGUGUUUAUUCAAUUCCAUAAAUACUUUUAUUCGCGUGCGACGAAACACAAAUGACAAAUCCAAAAAUCGCAGCAUUUUGAACUGUUGCAUUAAGAACUAUGAAUGGAAAAUCAUCAUUUGAUAUGAAAGAAUAAUGAUCUCAUUUCCCAGAGCGAGAGCGAGCGAGAAAGAGAGAGAAUCAGGAUUUGUCAGAUAUAAUAAAGAUCCAUCCAAGUUUCGUUGCCGUGCGUGUUGAAGAACACAAAUAGAAUAUUGAUUAAUAAAUCAAAUCGAGCAGCCGUUAAUGUCUAAUUAGGGCAUAACGCUGUGACACGUAGUAGGUGAAGAAACUUAGUGAAAUUUUUUAGAACUCCUGUCGAGACUAUGGGGCACGUUGUGGCUUCAUUAAUUGAAAUUUUUGAAGGACGUGGUAGGCGUAUCUUCGAGAAUUGUGGCGUCUAGAGCUUUAAAUGCACAAGUGCUUAUUAUUAUUCUCGCUUGAAGAGCCAGUAUCUUGUGUAAUUUAAUUUAAUAACAGUGGCGCCGAUUUCGUUUUUUUUUUUUUUUUCUCUCUCUCCGCAUAUAUCUAUAUUUUGACUAGGCGCCUACGAUACGCCAUACCGCCAUCGCCAUAGAUUCGUCACGAUUCCUGUUUUAAAUUUACUGUAGUCCAGCGACGAAUGGUACUUUGUUGUUUUGCCGUCCCCAGACACAGACGACGUUGCGCCGGCAAUAUCAUGGUCUAAUCGACUAAAAUCGCGUGAAGUGUUCAAUAGUCGAAAGCUUUGAAAAGGACACAGGCUGCGUCUUAAGAUACUUUUAGAAAUCUCGUUUAUAUUUCUGUCACGUCCUAUUAAUAUGUAAGUAAGUUUAUAAAAGUCCAAUGCUGUAAACUUAUUGCUUCUGUAACUCGGUGAUUCGAAGAAUUAUUUUAUUUAAAAUGUUUGGUAAUUGUAUUUAGAGUAGGCUGAGACUGUUCAGCGAACGUCAGGUAUAUAUAUCUGUACCUGAAUUUUAACGUACUAUAAUUAGAAUUUCUAAACGUAACGAAGACGUUGUCCUGUAAAAUUGGUACGGUGCGUUAUAAAAAUCUUAGAUCGCAGUACUGAAUGCGAGUGCUCUAGAAUGAGAAAGCUUACAUUAAAAGAGGAAAAAAAAAAAAACAAAACAAAGGAAAAAUAAAAAUACGGAUAAAAAAUAUACGGUUGCAGUUACAGAGGGGAACUUCAAAGGGGAUAAAACGAAAAAGAAGCAAAAUGAGCAAAAAUUACAUUACGCUGUUAGUUGGCUCGACCUUAUGAGACGAAGGGGUGGGGAAAAAAAAAAUAGAGCAGAAGAGGAAAAAGGAAAAAAAAAAAUACAAAAAAGCCCUUUGAAAAUAAGGAUGCAUAAAGGCGCACUCAUAUUUUAUAACUGUAUUUAUCAAUACGAUACGCUAUAUAUAUAUAUAAAUAUAUAUACACACUAAGUAAUAUUCGUAAAUACAUAAACAUUAAAAUAAUUGAAAAACGACUGUGAUAUCGAACGAUCUUGUGACAUUCAAUUUCCAUGCGAAUUGAUAAAUGAACAAUUUAACGAAAUACAAAUAUUAAAUGUAUGAAUUAAUCGGUAUUGAAUGUCAGGAAUGCGUAAGCUCAGUUUAUUUGGGCCAAGGAAUGGGAAUCUUAAGUCGUUAAAAGUGAAUAGAACAUCCAAGAACAACGUGGCUGUUGUCCGAUCGGGGAGGGCUGAACGCUAGCCUCUUACAGUCCUAAAAACACGUUUUUGGGGCAUUGUUUCUACUUAAAAGAAAAGA